CAAACAGAACGGCCUUCAAUGGAGGAGUUCUUUCAAUAUCAUGCAAGCUCUCAAUCACUGUUUCGAUUGCCGUCGCCGUCGACGGAGACUUUGCCAGGCUUCUGGGAUGAGCUUCUUCUCAACUUCAAUGACUUCGAAGAAAUGGUUUGGGAUGAUAUGGCUGCGGCGGCCCUGGAUAAGUCCAAGAACUCCGAUAAUGGCGUAAAGGAAGAAGGUGUCACAUCGGAUAUUCCUAAAAUGGAAGAGUUACCCAAGGAAGAGAAAGCUUACAGAGGUGUAAGGAAGCGACCGUGGGGGAAAUACGCGGCUGAGAUUAGGGAUUCAACGAGAAAUGGAGUUAGGGUUUGGCUUGGAACAUUCGACAGUCCCGAAGCCGCCGCUUUAGCUUACGACCAAGCGGCGUUUUCGACGAGAGGACCAUCGGCGACGCUCAAUUUCCCGGUGGAAGUCGUCAGGGAAUCGCUUCGGAGCAUUAAGUACCGAUGCGACGAAGGGUGCUCGCCGGUGUUGGCGCUGAAGAAAAGACACUGUUUAAGGAAAAGAUCGAAGAAGAAUAAGAUGGUGAGCCCGCAAAAGGAGGUAAUUUCAAGAGAGACACGACAACAAAAGAACUUGGUCGUGUUGGAAGAUUUAGGAUCUGACUACUUGGAACAACUUCUAACUUGUUCAUCUUGAAACCUCACUCAGGUUCUUUUGUUUCAUAUAUAUAUAUAUACCCGUUUCUUCACUUUCAAACAAUAUUGUUCUUAGUUCUUCUUGGUUUCAUUGAA